AUGGAGGAAGAAAAGAACCACAAUGAGGAUGGUAUGUCAGACUAUGAAUCAGGAGAUGAACAUGGUACUGAAUUUGAUAAUGACAUGUAUGUGGAAGAAGAAGAGUGUGAGAUAAAUGUUGAACACUAUGCAAUCUGGAUUCAAGAAUGGUUGGAGGGGGUUCAUUGGAUUGGAUGUCACCUAAAGACCCCUUAUGGUGGUGUGCUCUUGUCUGCUAUAGCCCUUGAUGGGAAUAAUGGCCUUUUUCCACUGGUUGUGGCUGUGGUGGAGAAUGAAGGGAAAGAAAGCUGGAAAUUCUUCCUUCAAAAAUUGCAAACUUUUGUUGAACUUGGUCAAGAUAGACAUCUAUGCUUCAUGUCAGAUCAGCAAAAGGGUCUUGAACAAGCAAUGAGGAUUGUUUUCCCACAUGUAACCCAUAAGCCAUGUUGCAGACAUCUAUAUAACAACUUCAAAAAGAAGUAUCCAGGAUUGUUUUUGCAGUCUUAUUUCUGGAAGGCAGCUAGAGCCUAUAAUGAUUACACAUUUAAUGAGGUGAAGAGUGAUCGUGUCAUUAAUAAUUUUAGUGAGUCUUUCAACAAUUGGGUUGAGAAGCUUAGGUCUAAACAUAUUUUAGGGCUGCUUAAUGGUAUUAGGAGCAAAUUGAUGAGUAGACUCCUAAUAAGGGCUGAAAAGGCCUGUGCUUGGGUAGGAUUGGUGACCCCAAACAUUAGGAAAAAAUUAAACAAGUUGAUUACUGAGUUUAGAUCAUGUGAUGUUACCCCAAUAGGGCAAGAUGAGUAUGAAGUCAUAAAUGAGGAAGGAAAACAUAUAGUAAAGCUUAGAUCAAGGUCAUGUGCUUGUAGAGGAUGGCAGAUUUCUGGCCUCCCAUGCAAAUAUGCAACUGCAGCCAUAACACACAAAAGAACAGAUAUUGAACAGUUCUGCGAUCCAUGUUUCUAUAAUGAAACAUACAUAAGAACUCAUUCUAGUAUGAUUCGCCCAGUACCUGAUCAAAAAAUGUUGACUUUUGUGCAUUGUAACCUUGUGGAACCUCCAAUUCUAAGGAAAAAGCCUGGCAGACCAAAAAAAGCCAGGACAAGAGAUGCAGAUGAGCCUACAGCUGCAACUAGUGAUGCUAGAAAGAGCAAAUCCCUAUAA